UUUCCUGGGUCCUGGGGGUACUUUGAUCCCUGUGGCUGUUCUUCGCAGACUCAACAAAAUGCAACCAGGAAGCCUUUGGCUGCAUCUCACACUGCUUGGGGCCUCCCUGCUAGCUGUGCUGGGAUGGAUGGACCCAGGAACCAGCCAAGGCCUGAAUGUGGUCGUGGGAGAAUCUCAGGCACAGGAGUCCAGAGGCUUUGAAGUCACAAGAAGAGAAGGGCUUUCCACCCACCAGCUGCCAGGCUCCUGCGGGAAGACACUCUGCAGCCGUGGGAGUCGGUGCGUGCUCAGCCCGAAGACGGGGCAGCCCGAGUGCCGCUGCCAGGAGGUGUGCAGACCCCGCUACGUGCCGGUGUGUGGCUCAGACGGGAGACUGUACGAGAACCACUGUGAGCUCCACCGUGCCGCCUGCCUGCUGGGCAAGAGGCUGGUCACCGUCCACAGCAAGGACUGCUUCCUCCGAGGUGGCACCUGUACCAUGGCCGGCUAUGCCCGCCUCAAGAAUGUCCUUCUGGCUCUCCAGAGCCGCCGGCAGCCUCUCGGCGAAAGGGACAGCAGGCGGGACCCUGGCACCCAGAAGCGCCUCCUGGUGGAGUCCCUGUUCAAGGAUUUGGAUGCUGACGGCAACAGCCACAUCAUCAGCUCGGAACUGGUGCAGCACCUGCUGACGGAGCAGGACCUGACCGGGGACCUGCUGGGGUGCUCGCCGGGGGACCUCCUCCGAUUCGACGACUACAACCAUGACGGCUCCCUGACGCUGCGCGAGUUCUACACAGCCUUCCAGGUGGUCCAGCUCAGCCUGGCCCCAGAGGACAGGGUCCGCGUGACCACAGUGACUGUGGGGCUGAGCACCGUGCUCACCUGCACUAUCCACGGAGACCUGAGGCCCCCAAUCAUCUGGAAGCGCAACGGACUCACCUUGAACUUCCUGGAACUGGAAGACAUCAAUGACUUUGGAGAAGAUGACUCCCUGUACAUCACCAAAGUGACCACCGUCCACAUGGGCAAUUACACCUGCCACGCCGCGGGCCACGAGCAGCUGUUCCAGACCCACGUCCUGCAGGUGAAUGUGCCACCGGUCAUCCGGGUUUAUCCAGAGACCCAGGCACAGGAGCCUGGAAUGGCAGCCAGCCUGAGGUGCCACGCCGAGGGCAUUCCCACACCCAGAAUCAGCUGGCUGAAAAACGGCGUGGAGGUCUCCGCCCAGAUGUCCAAACAGCUCUCUCUUUUAGCCAAUGGGAGCGAACUCCACAUCGGCAGCGUCCGGUACGAAGACACAGGAGCAUACACCUGCAUCGCCAAAAACGAAGUGGGCGUGGAUGAAGACAUCUCCUCCCUCUUCAUUGAGGACUCCGCUAGGAAGACUCUGGCAAAUAUUUUGUGGCGAGAGGAAGGCCUCAGCGUGGGAAACAUGUUCUACGUCUUCUCCGACGACGGCAUCGUGGUCAUCCACCCCGCGGACUGUGAGAUCCAGCGGCACCUCAAACCCACCGAGAAGAUUUUCAUGAGCUAUGAAGAAAUCUGCCCUCAAGAGGAAGCGGACACCGCGCAGCCCUGCCAGUGGGCCUCUGCCGUCAAUGUCAGGAACCAGUACAUCUACGUGGCCCAGCCAACACUGAGCAGAAUCCUUGUGGUGGACAUUCAAGCCCAGAAAGUCCUACAGUCCAUAGGUGUGGACCCUCUGCCGGCCAAGCUGUCCUACGACAAGUCGCACGACCAGGUGUGGGUUCUCAGCUGGGGAGACGCGCACAAAUCCCGAACGAGCCUCCAGGUGAUCACAGAAGCCAGCACUGGCCAGGGCCAGCACCUCAUCCGCACGCCCUUCGCCGGGGUGGACGACUUCUUCAUCCCGCCCACAAACCUCAUCAUCAACCACAUCAGGUUUGGCUUCAUCUUCAAUAAAUCCGACCCUGCAGUCCACAAAGUGGAUCUGGAGACGCUGACGCCAAUCAAGACCAUCGGCCUGCGGCAGCAUGGCUGCGUGCCCCAGGCCAUGGCACACACCCACCUGGGCGGCUACUUCUUCAUCCAGUGCCAGCAGGACGCGGCCGCGGCCAUGGCGGCCCAGCUGGUCAUGGACAGCGUCACUGACUCGGUGCUAGGCCCUAACCGGGGGGUCACGGGCACCCCUCACGUGUCCCCCGAUGGGCGCUUCGUCGUGAGCAGCGCCCCGCACAGCCCCCGGCUGCACGUGCAGGAGGUGAGCACGCGGGGCGAGAUCCGGACCCUGCGCGAGCUGCAGGUCCACGCGGGCGUCUCGGACGUGGCCUUCCAGCGCUCCUUCACCCACGGCCACCAGUACAACGCGUACACCACCCUCGAGACAGAGCCCGGCCUGCUGUUCCUGGAGCUGUCCACGGGGAAGAUGGGGGUGCUGCAGGACUUGAAGGGGUCGCCCCCCGAGCCAGGCCAGUCCUGGGGAGGACCCCGCAGGGUCCUGAGGGACAGCGGGCUCUUCGGACAGUACCUGCUCCUGCCAGCCCGCCAGUCACUCCUCCUGAUCAACGGGAGACAGAACACACUGCGGUGUGAGGUGUCGGACAUAAAGCGGGGGGCCACCGUGGUGUGGGUGGGCGAGGUAUGAAGGAAGCCCAGGCCAGAGCCCCGGAGCCCACCCUGCUCCCCCCCCCAAGGCACCUCCUCGUCCUGAGACACCCCCACCACACACACACACACCCCGAAGCAGGUGCCCAUGUACAUUGUCACACCUGUAUUCGCCGUGCGGUGCAGCUCCGGUCUCCUGGCCAAGUCUUCUAGCAUAUAAGGGCCUGCGGCUGCUAACAAGAUCGGGGGUGUGGGGGGGAGGGUGUUUUGUGAUUCUUGUUCUUCAUUAGAAAGUAUGAUUCACCGCCUCGAGCUACGACGAGAACCCAUGCUGCUGCGUGAAAGGAAUUGGUUUCUGUGCCCAGCUGGGCCACAGCCCCGCCACCCAGCGAGCCUUCCCGCUUUCCAGGCUUGGCCGGUUCCGUGCCCUGGAGAAGACACACCCAGAAGCCGGGGCUGAGCUGCCCACCCCCCACCACGCGGCUGCACCGCACUUGCUCCUUCCUGCCUUCUGCUUUGCUUUCCUUUCCCAUCCAAUUUUGGUACAAGCUGAGCCAAUGAGAC